ACACAUACACACAAACGUGUAUUGUAUCCCUCGGAACGCGAUUUUUUACGCUUUUUAACGUUUUGGGCUCGUUUUCAAUAGCGUUUGUGCGGGUUUUGUUGUGAAAACCUGGCAACCCUGAGAACGAGCUCUUGACAGCUGAGAAACUGGAGUCCAGCCGCAGAUAACUUUGCGCGGACCGGAGCCGUGAACUCUCUCAAAGCGACAGGAUCUCAUCAUGGAGACCACGGUUACUUCGUCAGAAACGGCUGUCGGUGUAGUUUAGAUGUGUAGAUGUGUCGCCGUUAAUGAUGUUCCGCUUGUUCUCGCUGGCGGCGGCGGAGCGCGGGAGACAGAAGCGGCGGCUCGAGCUCAGUCUGGCGGGAAUCUGUGAGCUCGAGCUGCUCAAGCGGCGGCACGAGGCGCUGAUCGCCGGCGCGCUCGCGCUCCACGCGCCCGAACCCGAGCCCGAGCCGGAAAGAGCCGAGCGGCCGAACGACGACGCGAGCUCUCCGGACGGCUCGUGGAGUCUGAUGAACAUCCUGCAGCAUCAGGUGGGAGAGCUGAAGGUGGACAGCGGCUCAGUGGAGCCCCCUACUGACGCUGGAGACCGCCGACACGGCUCGGGUUUCUCUGAGCAGGCUGAGGGUCUGUCUUCUGUCGGCCCGUCGGACUACCCUCGAUGCUGUAAGUUGUUCUCUCUGUCUGUAGGGGAUGUAUUUGUGGGCCGUGAGCUGGUUCCCCGCUCUCUCCUCGCACCCUAUCCGCCGCUGGAGGGCGUCGCUGAAGACGAGCCGUGGAUCUGGCAUCCCAGUGAGGACACAGAGGAGGAAGAACCCAGCGUAGACGACUACAGACAGGCACAGCGCACGGAAACAUACAUCCUUGGGCUGAUCCAGCGCCGCUCGCCUCCUGCUAGACCCACUAAGCCCCGCACCAGCCUGGGCCCCGAGGCCCGAGCCGUGGUCAGACAGAGCAGCCAGUGCCACAAAGAUCCGCCGUACGUCUCCGAGGAGAGACACACGUGGGACGAGCCCUGCCCCGUCCGCUAUCCCAGACCGCCGCUAGCCGGGAUCCGCUCCACGUCGCUGGACUUCCCAUGCGGCGCUUUGGAUCCCAGCAGCAGCGAAGCUGAAUCGCCGCAGCACUUCUACCAACACACCCGCUCGCCCUCAUCUGAGGAGCUAGUGAACGCACAGUACAUCCCAGCUCAAGCCACCGCGCACCGGACGCACGCCUCUCCAAAACCCGUGUCCUCACAGACGAGAGCCGCAGCGAAGAAGUGCCGCUUCACGGAGGACAAGAUCACUCCGAAGAAGCCCGGACGGAAAGCGUGUCGCGCCCAGUCCGAGAACAGCCUGCGAGAGCGCAAAUACAACACAGUGGAGCGGGACGCGGUGCGCAGCGCUCCGCCCAAAACACGCCGCGGCUCCGGUCACCGCCGCUGGCGCUCCACGCUAGAACUGAGUCAGGACGAAGCCGAGACGCCUCCUGAACAGCCAAUCAGACGCUCCCGUAGACCUCGCGUCUACACCCAGCCGCCCGCGCCGCAUCUUCAUCACCACCAUCAUCAUCAGCCUCACCUCCGCGCCGAGUACCUGCCGGACGCGGGAGACUCGGAGUCCAGUCUGAGCGAGGCAGAGUCCCCCGGCUCCAGCUCGCUGUCCUGCGACUCUGACGAGAGCAGCGGAUUGGUCUGGCCUCAGCAGCUCCGCCCACAGCUGGCUCCGCCCUCUCCGUCACACCCACCGCAGCCCAAAGCCUUCGUGAAGAUCAAGGCGUCGCACGCGCUCAAGAAGAAGAUCCUGAGGUUCCGGAGCGGAUCCCUCAAAGUCAUGACCACCGUAUGAGCGACACGAACCCCAGCGGAGAGAUGAACAGGGUCCAGAACUGGAAUAUGGAUUUGAAAUGAAAGAGCUAGAAUUUAAAUGGAAUGAAUUCAAAGAAAUUUAGUUUUCCAUAUUUCAUGUUUAACAUGAUAUUAUCAUAAAUCAUCAUUUAUAAUGAUUUAUAAAUCUGUUGGCAACAAAAGAGGAACAUUUGGUUUUCCUCCAAAAUAAAAGCUCUAUGGUUUAGAGUUUGAAAUCAAAGACAAAACAACCAUGAAUAUUAGUGUAUAAAUUAUUAAUUAUUACAUUAGUUACUGAUUUAACUUUUAUAAUUUGAUUUAAUAAUAACAACAACAAUGGUAAAAAUUGCCUUAUUUUUCCCGGAAUGACCUAAUUUACCUCAAAAUCUUCAGAUUGGAGCUGAACACUGAAGCAGCUCACUGGAUCUGUAUUUCUCAAGAUCUGGUCUGCUUGUGUUUCUUUGAAUUCCUCUUCCUGUCAUUCCUGUUGAAUAUCCUGUGUGUUUUGGCCAUUCUCAUGAAAUCUUCAGUUCUGCUGAACGCAGGGUAGUGGUGCUUCUGGACUGAACGCCGUACAGUGAUGUCGAGAUGCUUUAGUGUGUGUUUGGGGAGGAUCACAGCACGAUAGACUCACACAGACUGAGAGAAACUCAACACGGCUCUGCAGAGUCACUCUUACACGCUGUCUUAACACGCAACACUCAGAAAACACGUCUGUCUGCCGUACGUCUACACACACCAGCACCUGCACAGAUGAAACACUUGUAAAUGCCUGUAAAUGUUCCCUGUAUUUAUGAAUGUAAUCUGUAAAUAAAGACCUGCGGCCACA